UGGUGAGCGGAUUGGUGGCGGCCAGGCCGAUGGGCGGGGUGAGGAAGCCAGACUCGGGGUUCCUCAGCGGUGGCGGCGGCGGCCCACAGGAGCCGGGCAGGAUGGGGCGGCGGCGGGCGUGCCUUGUGCUGGUGCUCUGCGUCGCGGUGCUCUGGGCCCGUGGACUGGCCGCAGCUGAUGAAGAGGGAAAUCAAGAUGAGUCGCUGGAAUCAAAGACUUUAUCUGCAGAGGAUCAGGUAAAGGACCAUUCAACAGGAACUCGGGUAGUAGCAGGUCAGAUUUUCCUUGAGUCAGGGAAAUCAGACUCUCAAUCUGAGGAUGAAGAAAACUUUCAUGGUCAAGAGGAGGAAAAAGAGAAUUCACUGGAAGAGUUGAACUCUGUUGAAAUGUCAAACCUGUUAAAUAAGGAUUUGGAAGAAGCAGAAGUACAGAAUGCAGUUUUGACAGCUAUCGGAGGCACUGCAGAUGGUGAACCUUGCCACUUCCCUUUUUUGUUUCUGGAGAAGGAGUAUGCAGAAUGUACUGCAGAUGGAAGGGAAGAUGGCAGGCUUUGGUGUGCAACAACCUAUGAUUACAAGAAGGAUCAAAAGUGGGGCUUCUGUGAAACUGAAGAGCAGUCUAAUAAGAGAAGACAGAUGCAAGAAGCUGAGGAUGUUUAUCAGACUGGAAUGAAAAUCCUUAAUGAGAGCAGUAAAAAGGCUCAAAAGAAAGAAGCAUAUCAGUAUCUUCUGAAAGCGGCUGACAUGAAUCAUACCAAGGCAAUGGAGAAAGUGUCGUAUGCUUUGUUGUUUGGGGAUUACCUGAAGCAAAACAUCCAGUCAUCAAAGGAACUAUUUGAAAAACUAACAGAAGAAGGCUCUCCUAAAGGACAAAUGGCUCUUGGAUUUCUUUAUGCAUCUGGUCUAGGAGUUAAUUCUAGUCAAGCUAAGGCCCUGGUCUAUUACACUUUCGGAGCUUUAGGAGGAAAUCUGAUAGCACAUAUGAUCUUGGGUUACCGGUAUUGGGCUGGGAUAGGAGUCCUUCAAAGUUGUGAAUCUGCUCUCACUCACUACCGGCUUGUAGCUAAUCAUGUUGCUAGUGACAUUUCUUUGACUGGUGGCACAGUGGUUCAGCGAAUUCGCUUAGCAGAUGAAGUAGAAAAUCCAGGAAUGGCAAGUGGAAUGCUAGAAGAAGACUUAAUUCAAUAUUACCAGUUUUUAGCAGAGAAAGGAGAUGUACAAGCACAGGUUGGCCUUGGACAGCUGCACUUACAUGGAGGACGAGGAGUAGAGCAAAAUCACCAGCGAGCAUUUGAAUACUUCAAUCAAGCAGCUAAUGCUGGAAACUCUCAUGCCAUGGCCUUUCUAGGAAAGAUGUACUCAGAAGGAAGUGAUGUUGUGCCUCAGAGCAACGAAACAGCACUUCAGUACUUCAAGAAAGCUGCUGAUAUGGGUAAUCCAGUUGGACAGAGUGGAUUAGGAAUGGCUUACCUAUAUGGAAGAGGGGUUCCAGUGAACUAUGAGCUAGCACUGAAGUAUUUCCAGAAGGCUGCAGAACAGGGAUGGGUUGAUGGACAACUUCAACUAGGUUCCAUGUAUUACAAUGGUAUUGGAGUCAAGAGGGACUAUAAACAAGCUUUGAAAUACUUUAACUUGGCCUCCCAGGGUGGCCACAUCCUGGCUUUUUACAAUCUGGCUCAGAUGCAUGCUACUGGCACUGGAGUGAUGCGAUCCUGUCAUACUGCUGUUGAGUUGUUUAAGAAUGUAUGUGAGCGAGGACGUUGGUCUGAAAGACUUAUGACUGCCUACAACAGCUAUAAAGAUGGUGAUUCAAAUUCUGCUGUGGUUCAGUAUCUUCUUUUGGCAGAACAAGGCUAUGAAGUUGCGCAAAGCAAUGCUGCUUUCAUACUGGAUCAGAAAGAAGCUAGCAUAGUAGGAGAAAAUGAAACCUAUCCUCGAGCCUUGCUUCACUGGAAUAGAGCAGCUUCUCAAGGAUAUACUGUUGCAAGAAUUAAACUUGGAGAUUACCACUUUUAUGGUUUUGGCACUGAUGUUGAUUAUGAAACUGCAUUUAUUCACUAUCGACUGGCAUCAGAGCAGCAGCACAGUGCCCAGGCGAUGUUUAAUCUAGGUUACAUGCAUGAGAAGGGGCUGGGCAUCAAGCAGGACAUUCACCUUGCAAAACGAUUCUAUGACAUGGCCGCUGAAGCAAGCCCAGAUGCUCAAGUUCCUGUCUUCCUAGCACUUUGCAAGCUUGGAGUGAUUUACUCCUUGCAGUAUGUACGAGACAUCAAUAUCAGGGAAGUAUUCUCACAUAUUGACAUGGACCAGCUGCUGGGGCCUGAGUGGGAUCUUUACCUUAUGACCAUCAUCGCCUUGCUUCUGGGGACAGUAAUAGCUUACAGACAAAGGCAACAUCAGGCAAUUCCCAGACCAGCAGGACUGCGGCCAGCUGUGCCUCAACAAGAACCACCACCAGAGCAUCAACCACCACAAUAGCAACGUGAACCUCAAUGAAAGAACUGGAUUUUUUCAACAGGAAUGUUUUUCAUUGUGAUUUAGGACUUUAGGACUUUGGAUUAACGAUCCCUCCCCAAAAAAGAGGCGCAAAGAAGUUUUUUUAAAAAAAAAAGUCUGAAAGCUGCUUAGAAUGAUGCCUUUUUUCAGGGAUAAGAAACUUCUUUUUGAAACUGAUUUGAAUGUUAUUUCAGUGCCAAUGGAAUAACACUAUGGCUUUUUUCAUGGAAGCACAAGUGUGCUACUACAAAAAUGUUGCCUGCUGUAUCUAGUUCCUCUUUAUUCAAAGUCCUUCUCAUCUCCUAGAGAGAGCAGAAAACUAGUAUUGGAAGGUUUUGCCUGCCUGAUAGCACUGACCUAUUAAAAAAAAAAAAAAAAGUAUGGCUAAUUUAAGUCCCAGAAGCCAAAAAUAUUCAAAGAUUAGGGCAAUAUGUACUUAUGUUCAGAUACAUCCAAAGUAUCACAAGUAUUUCUGCAGUUCCUAUUUUAUUUCUUAGUAUUUCUCACACUUUGAUCUUCUAUGCUGUCUUGGAUGAUUUAAUGUUGUUUAUUUAUAAAAUCUGUACAACUAAGCUAGCAAACAAAUCACACUGCCUUUGUGCUUUUGUUGUAAUUAUUUUCCUUCAUUAACCUUAGUGCAGACAAUUGUCAGCAGUCAGUACAUAGCCCAGGAGGUGGGUUGGGACAGAUUGGGUGUGUAAGGCCAGUCGAUUGAAAAAUAUACACAGUGCCCUGACCUCUCAUUUUUCUACAACUUUUGGAGCUUGUGUGUAAGUUGUCCUUAUUUCAAAAAGGAUUACAAGCUGGUAGUGUUCCUAAAUAGCUGAAUCUUGCACUUAAAGAGAGGCUGAGUCAAGACUGCAGAAAUCACCAGUAUUAGUGUGGACAUUGAAAAAAGGACUGAGGCAGAAGUCCUAGUGAGUCAGCUUUUUUUGUUUUUAGAGGUGGAAGUUUUGAGUCUAAUUUAACAGUCCUAUAAGUGAUGUGCACUGUGCAAGAUGUUCAUGCAGCUGAAAUGGAUGUGGUAUCUUUUUCAUGCACCUGUUUUAUGCCCAAGUAGCAAACUUUGUAGAAAGUGACAUGAACUUACGUCAGUAAUGCUAAAAUGUGGCUAAUUUUUUUUUUUUUUUAAUAGCUCACAGCAGUGCUUUGCUGGGGCAUACCUCUCUUGUCCUUGGUGUAUAUUGGAGGGCUAGAAUGACAUACCUGAAUGGCUGUGCCCUUGUAACAAGAAAAUCUAGAGAGACAAGAAACUGAAUGUCUAUGGCCUCUUGCUGUGUCACUGGGUCAGUGCAGAAGCUUUCUAAUGGAAGUAAAGAAACGAUCUGUGGAUUGAUGUUUUUUAGACUGCAGUAAGAGUUUUGACUUAGUAAUUAUUUUUCAUUGAACUAUAAUCUGGGGGAGGAAAGGAAUAGCUUUGUGGGGCAAGAAACAUCUAUGUUUCUGUUCCUGUCUGUUCAAUGACAUUAAAUAUUUGUUUCUAUAUUAGCAUUAAACCCUCUGAAUAUGCUGUCUUAAAGCAGAGUGAAAUAUGAAUAGAGAGAGUAGCAGGUCUUACCUGCUUUCUAAUUAAAUCUGUUGCAUUUAAAGGGUUAUAGACUUCCUCUCAUACAUAAGCUUUUUUCCAGUGGAUUGGCAGCAACAUAUCAAUAUGCUGUAGAACUGAGAUGUCUAUAUAGUUUUAUACCCUAAUGCAUUUAUAAGGAGACCAUUGCACAAUAUAUCUGUAGUUUGAGAACAAGGAUAAGAAAUCCACUCUUUUGGAAACUGAAAUAUCAAUGAUUAGUAUUAAAAUAUAGGUAGAGCUUCUUGGUACUUCAAGGUGCUUAUGUUGGUUAUGUGCAGACAAAUCUUUCAUUUCUGUUUGGAGGGAUGCAAUGUGUGAUAGAGGAAUGUCGUGUUUCAGUCCAAAUCAUUAGCAAAUGGAACAGUAUUGAACUUAAAUAUAGUGUCUAAAAUGUACAGCACUCUCCAGCUACAUUUCUGAAAUAUCCAUGAUUUCUGAACACUUACUCUAAAGUAUUUUUACCUCUGUCACUUAAUAGUUCUUUUUAGUUCAGCAUGAAUAAAUUGUAUGGAAGCUGUUUUCCAGUUAACUACCAUUAAUUCAUUGAUGUUGGUUUCUUAGGAUGUUAACAAAUUUGUUACAGCUUUUUUAAUCUUAAAAUUCUUUUUCUUGUGUUUAACUAAAUUCUUAACUAUCCUGCUUGUAUGCAAAUCUCUCAUCAUUGCUGCUGUGUGAGAGUCUUAUAGCUGACUUUUCACUAAACUGUUGCAUUUUACAUCCAAGAAAUCAGCAAAAAAAAAAAAAAAAAAAAAAAAAAAAUUAAGAUCACCAAGUUGUUUCACUUUAAAGAACUGCUUUUUGAAGAAGCGAUAAGGAAGUCCUCCUCCUGCUCUUUUCCACCAAGUUGCUACCACUUAACUUUUUCAGAUGACAUUCAUUUGAAGGUGUGUGGUGGUAGUAGUAGAAAGGUACUUAGUAGAAAGUUCACUCAGGGAUUAAAGAAGUGAAUACAUUUCCUAAAUCUGUUUAGAACAUCACUUAAGGUUUUUUUUUGACAAUCCCUUGCUGGUCUAUUUGAAACUUGCAUUUUGAAGGAAGCGUAUGUAGCUCUUACUAGCAAUAUGUUUCUUGUGUUGUGCACUCAAUUAUCAAACAGCUUUUUUUUUUCCUAUGGGAACUGGGUUGUUCAGUUUACUGAAGUGGUCUUCCCUUCUAGUAGCAUGCACAUUGUCUUACACUUUAUAGGCAGGAGUAGAUUAGAGGGGAAACUAUUUAAGGGAUGCCUUCCUAGGAACGUGCAAUGUGAUUUGAAUGGAAGAAUUGUAUUCUUUGGUAGUAACGUAGGUCAGAGCCAGCCUGUUUGACCUUCCCAAACACAUCCUCUUCUCUCCCUGCAUGGAGAAUGGAACGAGAGCAGUAAAUGUUGUCAGUAGGAGCUCUGCAUGUAGAAAAAUGGUGGAAAGAUAAAGAUUUGAGGGGAAAAAAUUGUUCAGCAUCUCAAAACUAUUAAUCAGACACAUCAGCUUUUCUUGCAGUUUGAAAAAAUAACAUUGAACUUCCUCGAAAACAGGAUUCUAGUUCUUACCUCUGCAAUUUGACACAGUUUAGUCUGUUAAUACUUUUCCUUCCUUUAUAUUGUCCAUCAUAGGACAAUGUAAUGGAAGAUACAGCCUUUGAUUAUAAAUACCCCAAAGAGACUCUUGAGACAAUUUUACUUGCUUUUUAGUUAUCUUCCAUAAGGCAACAGCUGUUCUUUGAUUAAAUUUGCAAGAAAGAAAAUAAAACAUGUUGUUAUUCUCUUUGGACAAGAAUAUUAAAACAUGGCUUUGAAAGGACUUUUAAGACUAUGCAUUAUCUAGUGUCCACCUGUUAUAUGCUAAGUUUGGCCUAUAAUGAAUUAUUACAGGGGAUUGCACUCACCUUUGCAAGUUGCUUCGUUUUUAGAUAGGCAACAAACUGAAAUUCUAUUUUUAUUUCAGAGAAUAUUGAACUAAGAAGAUUUAGUUUGAUUUGAGAACUACUGCAAAUGCAUAUGGUAAAUAGGGAUUAUUGGGGGAACCCUUUGUUUUUAUCAGCUGCAGUUCUUAAGGUUAUUGUAGGAGUUUUGUAAAUUUAUUUUGUAUUUAAAAAAAAUCAGUAUAAAGGCUGGUCAAAUGUAAUAUAAUUGUGUAAACAAAUUCUGUUAAUAGAAAGAUGUACAGAUUCAUUUUGUACUGUAUCUUUAAUCUUGUGAAAUAAAGAUACCACGUGUGUGGAUGGUUA